AAAGGCUCUCUCUGACAGCUUCUGUGUGGGGUCCAGGGUAAAGGUGUUCCAGUCUCCUGCUGAGGACAGAGUCCAGGAGAUGAGCUGUUGAGCCAAGGGUCGGCUCUUAAGGGACAAGCCGCUGCCACACUCAGCUGCAGAAGAGGGAAGGGGGGACACCUGCCCAUCAAUAGACUCUGUCGACCACAAGAGGUGGGGGGGGGGGAAGAGACUUUUUUUUAUCCAUAAGGACGAGGCGAGCCCUUUUGCGGCGGGGCUGAAAGACAACAAGGAUGGAAAACGCGCACAGCAAAACCACGGAGGAAAGUCUGGCCUAUUUUGGGGUCAACGAAAAUACGGGUCUGUCUCCCGAAGAGGUCAAGAAGAACUUUGACAAGUAUGGACCCAAUGAGCUUCCAGCAGAAGAGGGAAAAUCCAUUUGGGAGUUAGUUGCAGAACAGUUUGAGGAUCUGCUGGUCCGAAUUCUGCUGCUGGCUGCCGUCAUUUCAUUCGUGCUGGCUUGGUUUGAGGAAGGUGAGGAAACCAUCACUGCCUUUGUGGAACCAUUUGUCAUCCUGUUGAUCCUCAUCGCUAACGCAAUUGUAGGAGUCUGGCAAGAAAGGAACGCAGAAGACGCCAUUGAGGCUCUUAAAGAAUAUGAGCCCGAGAUGGGAAAAGUUUACCGCAGUGACAGAAAGUCGGUACAACGAAUCAAGGCCAGAGAGCUCGUGCCAGGAGACAUCGUGGAGGUGGCAGUUGGUGACAAAGUCCCCGCUGACAUCCGACUCAUCAGCAUCAAAUCCACCACUCUGCGUAUUGACCAGUCCAUCCUGACAGGAGAGUCUGUCUCUGUCAUCAAGCACACUGAAGUUGUCCCAGACCUCAGAGCUGUCAACCAGGACAAGAAAAACAUGCUGUUCUCUGGUACCAACGUAGGAGCUGGCAAGGCCAUUGGUGUUGUCAUUGCCACUGGUGCCGGCACUGAGAUUGGUAAGAUCCGUGAUGAGAUGGCAGCCACUGAACAGGAGAAGACCCCUCUGCAGCAGAAACUGGACGAGUUUGGCGAACAGUUGUCCAAGGUCAUUUCCCUCAUCUGCGUUGCUGUAUGGCUGAUCAACAUUGGACACUUCAAUGACCCCAUCCAUGGUGGCUCUUGGAUCAAAGGAGCUGUUUAUUACUUCAAGAUUGCUGUGGCCUUGGCUGUAGCCGCAAUUCCUGAAGGUCUCCCAGCUGUAAUCACCACUUGCCUGGCCCUGGGUACCAGACGUAUGGCCAAGAAGAAUGCCAUUGUGAGGAGCUUGCCAUCCGUAGAAACUCUUGGUUGCACAUCAGUCAUCUGCUCUGACAAGACCGGUACUCUGACCACCAACCAAAUGUCCGUCUGCAGGAUGUUUGUUAUUGAUAAAGCUGAAGGUGACAUCUGCUCCCUAGCCGAAUUCACCAUCACCGGAUCCACCUAUGCCCCCGAAGGAGAAGUUCAGAAGAACGAUAAGCCUGUGAAGGCCGGCCAGUAUGAUGGGCUGGUGGAAUUAGCCACAAUCUGUGCACUUUGUAAUGAUUCAUCGCUCGACUUUAACGAGUCUAAGGGAGUGUUUGAGAAGGUCGGAGAAGCCACUGAAACAGCCCUGACCACGCUUGUUGAGAAGAUGAACGUAUUUAACACAGAAGUGAGGAGUCUCUCUAAAGUGGAACGCGCCAACGCCUGCAAUUCCGUUAUCAAGCAACUGAUGAAGAAAGAAGUUACCCUGGAGUUCUCUCGUGACAGGAAGUCCAUGUCAGUCUACUGCACACCCGCCAAAGCUUCCCGCGCCGCCGUCGGCAACAAGAUGUUCGUAAAGGGUGCCCCAGAAGGUGUCAUUGACCGGUGUAACUAUGUGCGUGUGGGCACAACCCGCGUUCCUUUCACUCCUGUCGUCAAGGACAAGAUUUUGGGCAUCAUCAAGGAAUGGGGAACAGGCAGAGAUACCCUGCGUUGCCUUGCUCUUGCCACAAGAGACACACCACCCAAGAAAGAAGACAUGAAUCUUGAAGAUGCCACCAAGUUCGCCGACUAUGAGACUGACCUGACUUUUGUUGGCUGCGUGGGUAUGUUGGACCCCCCUCGUAAAGAAGUCAUGAGCUCCAUCCAGCUUUGCCGUGAAGCCGGUAUCCGUGUCAUCAUGAUCACUGGUGAUAACAAGGGAACAGCUAUCGCCAUCUGCCGCCGUAUUGGAAUCUUUAAGGAGGAUGAGGAUGUGUCAGGACGUGCCUACACCGGCCGCGAGUUUGAUGACCUCCCCCCUGCAGAACAGAGGCACGCCUGCAAACACGCAUCCUGCUUUGCCAGAGUGGAGCCAAGUCACAAGUCCAAGAUUGUAGAGUUCCUGCAGUCCUUCGAUGAGAUCACAGCUAUGACUGGUGAUGGUGUAAAUGAUGCCCCAGCCCUGAAGAAGGCCGAGAUUGGUAUUGCGAUGGGCUCUGGUACUGCUGUGGCUAAGUCAGCCUCCGAGAUGGUGUUGGCCGAUGAUAACUUCUCCACCAUUGUGUCUGCAGUAGAGGAGGGUCGUGCCAUCUACAACAACAUGAAGCAAUUUAUCCGCUACCUCAUUUCCUCCAACGUAGGAGAGGUCGUCUGUAUCUUCCUGACUGCUGCCCUGGGUCUGCCUGAGGCUUUGAUCCCCGUACAGCUGCUCUGGGUUAACCUGGUCACAGAUGGUCUGCCCGCCACAGCCUUGGGCUUCAAUCCCCCUGACUUAGACAUCAUGGACAAACCACCCCGUAGCCCCAAGGAGCCCCUCAUCAGUGGAUGGCUAUUCUUCCGUUACAUGGCUAUUGGAGGCUAUGUGGGUGCAGCAACUGUUGGAGCUGCCGCUUGGUGGUUUAUGUACGCUGAUGAUGGACCUGGAGUGUCUUUCUACCAACUGAGCCAUUUCAUGCAGUGUACAGAAGACAAUCCAGACUUUGAAGGACAUGAAUGUGAAAUCUUUGAGUCUCCAGUGCCUAUGACCAUGGCUCUCUCUGUGUUGGUCACCAUUGAGAUGUGCAAUGCUCUGAACAGUCUUUCAGAGAACCAGUCUCUGAUCAGGAUGCCCCCAUGGGUGAACAUCUGGCUGUUGGGCUCCAUCUGCCUCUCUAUGUCCCUCCACUUCCUUAUCCUCUAUGUUGACCCCCUGCCUAUGAUCUUCAAGUUGACCCCUCUGGACUUUACUAAGUGGUUUGUUGUCCUGAAGAUUUCCUUCCCCGUCAUCCUAUUGGACGAACUUUUGAAAUUUGUUGCCCGUAAUUACCUUGAAGCAUAAUCCUUUCCUCACCACUCCCCUGUUCCUGUUUAACAGAUAAAGAAAGAUUACAGUAAAAGGAAUUCAGCUUUUUACUGAAAUAAAUCAGAUUUCAGCCCAAAUUUCCAUUGAGACUUUCUCUGUAACCAUCCCCUCCUAACAUCUCAUGUUGACUUCCCCCCCGACAUCACUGCCAAAACUUCAACCCGUCCCCCCCCCAAAAGCCCUCACAUCCAAGGUCAGAUUGCAAGGGCUGAGUUAUCCAUGGGCUGUUUUUCUGUUUCCAAGCGCCUUCAAAGUCGUGCUUCCACCAUUAACCCUGUUUCUAGCACUCCCCCCCCUUCUUAUGCGCUGAAUACCCAGCAUACCAAUGAAGGAAUAAGUCACGCAGCUGGUGAACGUAGCAGGAUUCAGAAUGCAUGUCCCACAGGGUCUAUGCCACCACUGAACGUUACAAAGUCGGCGUUUCGUAAAUGGCGGAAUCACGUUAUCCUGUUCCCAGCUCUCCGAGGGAGUUGCAGCUUGUAGCAAAGAUUUAAAAAAAAAAAAUGGAAGUGAAAAAACCAAAUUAAAACUGUUCUAGCUAUUUAUUAAAGUUAAAUAAUAAGUUAAACUGA